AUGAGCCAGCUCCACGAACACAGUGGAGAUUUGGGAAAGUUAUACAACUUGCAACCGGUCGGGACGGUCAAGUCAGGUGCAAUGCUAAAGGUACUUAGCAAGAGUGGGAAGCAGACAACGAUCCAUCGACCGCUACAGGAAUUGAUAUCGUUUGAGAUUGCGGAGAAUAACGUCAAGGAAGACAAGAACGUAGAACACGAUGAGAUAGCGGAGUCAACUGGAGGAAAUGAAACACAACACGAUAGUUUGAGAAGGUCGACGAGAAAGGCUGCCGUAGACGGACAAAACGCACGACGAUUAAGAGACAA